AUGACUCUUUUUUUAGACUGUUUUGGUUCUAUUAUUGCAUGUAUGGCUUUUGCACUGUUGAUUGAAUUAAAUCGAGGUAUUGAUCUUUACCUUCGACAUUAUUCAGUAACUAGAACUAAUGUUAAUUCACCUCAAUCAAAUACUUUAUCGGAAAACGCAAUCCGAAGACGACGAUUUACGCUGCAUAUUUUACGUACACUUGUACAUUUAGCUCAAACUGCUUUGAGUUAUAUAUUAAUGUUAAUGGUCAUGAACAAUUUUGCCGUUUUUUUUCUCUCUGCUACAAUUGCUCUUGGAAUCGGUUAUUAUCUUUUGAACGGUGUUCAUCCAUAUACACGUAGUGCUAAUCAUCUUCAUAUGUCGAAUACAAAUAGUGAUCUUACAAAUCCAACAGAUAUUUUAAAUGAAGAGGAUGAGCAGCCAGUUACAUCACGAACAACUUGCUCACAUCAAAGAGAAACGUCGAUAAACGCUUGA